AUGAGUGCAGUAAACGAAGGAGUUCAAAUGUCAGCAACAAGUAGCCCCUCGGCCGACUCGUCCAAGGAAAGGAAACAGGACGAUGAACAACCACUUCAAGAUUUUGUAGGCCAAGAUUUGGAAAGCCCACAUAAACACCGCAGUGGCACUGAUGAUAACUAUCCGACUCCCGAUGAAGACUUCCACUAUGAAUCAGAUAUUGCUUUGUCGAGAAAAGCAUCGCGGUUAACUACAGAUUAUGACAACUUGAUCCAACAGGCAACGAAUAGUUCUAAACCCUUGCCUCCAAUGGGAGGCGGGAGACCAUAUCCUAUACAUUUGGGAACCAGGGAUCCCUACGUUGUCCAAUUUGAUGGUGACCAUGACCCCGGCCAUCCUAAGAAUUGGAGACUUAGGACUAAAAUUUGGUAUACCACAACGGUGGGAUUGAGUGCAUUUUGUGUUAGUAUUGGAUCAGCAUUGUUUGCCGAAGCUUCUGAAGAGUUAAUGCAGGUCUUUCACAUAGGAUCAACGGUUGCAACUUUGGGUACAUCAUUGUUUGUUUUUGGAUUUGCAGCCGGACCUGUGAUUUAUGGUCCCUUGUCUGAGUUAUUCGGAAGGAAAAUGAUUUUGCUUCCCAGCUCACUAGGAUAUACCUUAUUCUCUUUUGCAGUAGCUACGGCCAAAGAUUUACAGACAAUAAUGAUAUGUCGGUUCUUUGCUGGUUUCGUUGGGGCGGCACCAUUGGUUGUUGCCCCUGCUGUGAUGGCAGAUAUGUUUGGUGCAAGAACGAGAGGUACAGCUAUUACUUUGUUUGCUAUGGUAUUGUUUGGAGGUCCCAUGCUUGCACCAAUUCUUGGUGGAUUUACUGUCAAAAAUUCUGCUUUGGGUUGGAGAUGGACGUCAUACUUUUGUGGUAUCGUGGGCGCUUUGUCGUUUGUGAUGAGUAUCUUCUGCCUAGAGGAAACCCAUCAUCCUAUCAUUCUUGCAAGAAGAGCCGAAGAAUUAAGGAGAAGAACAGGUAAUUGGGCAAUCUACGCACCCCAUGAUGAGGUGUCAUUGAGUAUCAAAGAAAUCGCUCAAAACAACGUUUUACGUCCCUUGAAGAUGUUAUUCACUGAGCCUAUUUUGUUCUUGAUUACUUUGUACAACGCUUUUAUUUAUGGUAUGUUGUAUUUGUUCUUAACCGCAGUUCCAUUGAUUUUUAUAGGAAAGUAUGGGUGGUCUCAAGGUGUUGGUGAAUUACCCUACAUAUCAAUGCUUUUAGGUACACUUCUGGGUGGAUUUAUUGUUAUAUGGUUUGAAAAACGGUACAAUCAAGCAAUGGAUAGGAACAAUGGUAAACCAAUUCCAGAAGAAAGAUUGCCACCAAUGAUGAUUGGCGGAGUAACGUUCACUGGUGGUAUGUUUUGGCUCGGUUGGAGCGGUGCUUUCGGCGACAAAGUUCAUUGGAUAGUGCCUACUAUAGGAGCAUUCUUUGUUGGCAAUGGUCUUAUGUUGAUAUUCUUGCCAUGUUUCAAUUACAUCAUUGAUUGUUAUUUGUUGUAUGCUGCAUCCGCGUUGGCUGGUAACACAUUUCUUAGAUCGGCAUUUGGAGCAGCUUUCCCACUUUUUGCAAGACAAAUGUUUGUUAAUAUGAAGAUUCAAUGGGCUAGCACACUAUUAGGGUGUUUGGGUGCCGUCAUGAUUCCGGUGCCAGUUUUGUUCUACAUGUUUGGAAGAAAGAUUAGGGCUAGCUCAAAGUACGCGUUUGUGUUGGAGUAG